GUGUGUGUGUGUGUGUGUGUGUGUGUGUGUGUAAUGGAGAGAGGAUGGGAGAGAAAGCACCUGCAAGCUGAGAGAUGGGCAGCGUGGAGCCACAGAGCCUGUGUACAAAGGAGGUUCUCUAUCAGCACUCAGUCUCCCCACGAGUCCAGCACAGGAAGCGCCACGAUGCCGGACACAAUCAUGUCCAAGGAGCCCAGUUCCAACCUGGAGAGUGCCAUGCAGAUGCUCAUAAAGACCUUCCACAAGUACUCGGGCAAGGAGGGCGACAAGUACACGCUGAGCCGGGGCGAGCUGAAGGAGCUGCUCCUAGAGGAGCUGGGGAGUUACUUAGGGAGCUCCAAAGAUAACGAGGCGGUCGAGAAGGUGAUGAACGACCUGGACGCCAACAACGACGGGGAGGUGGACUUCACCGAGUUCAUCAUCCUGAUGGGCGCCCUCACGGUCGCCUGCAACGACUUCUUCCUGGAGUACAAAACGGACGACAAGUCGGGCGGGUCGGCAGAGAAGAAGAAUUGAGGCACGGAGGGAGGGAGGGAGGGAGGGAGGAGAGCAGGAGGGGAGAGAGAUGGACAGCAUUACAAACUAUAGGGGAGGGGAGCGGGCGUUGAGCAGGAGUAGGGUUUCCCUCUGCCACUGGUUAUCUGGUACUAGCAUCACUGGUCUGAGAACAGACCACAGGGAUCAGUUCACCUCUUUUCACAUCAAAUUAAGCCCUUUGAUCAGACUCUUGUAUGUUCUGAAUAAAUUACAGCAAAGACGGAAGUUAGACAGUGGGUUUUGAAUGUGAGGGAGCUCUUAUUGCACAUGCAUAAUUUGUGAGCAUAUAUUAAGAUAAUCAUAUUAUAUGUAUGUAUGCAUUCAGUGUUGAACAGUAGAAUAUGGUUUAUCCCCUGUCUUGCGCCUAUUUUGUAAUCUUUUUUUGGUAAUAACCAAUGCGUUCUUCCAAAUAUUAAACACAUCAUUUAACCAG